AUGGGUCGCGACCACUUGAGCAAUGACGAGUUCUUCACCCAACUCGUCAACCUCUUCGAGCACAACCGCAAAAAAGGCCACGGCAGCGUCUACCUCACACAAAAGCGCCUGAGCUUCGAGUCCUCUACACCACCCACGCCGACAAAAGUUGCCGAUGAUCCGCUAUGGGACACCCAUCCUACCGAGCCGCUUCCCAUCUUGAUUCGCGCGAACAACAACGGAAGCGAUAAACGGAAAGGGACUGAGAGAAAGGACGUUGAAAAGAUCACAGUGAGCACGGUGGUGAAGCCAGAUGAUCUGGAUGCCUUCUUUGUGCGGUAUGCGGAGGCGUGUCGGGCGGGGAUGAGUGCGCUGAAGAAGAGGGAUAGGAAGAAGGGCAAGAAGGACAAGAAGAAGAAGAAGGUUGCUGCGUGAGAGGGGCACCAAGAUCAUUGAGGCAGCAUCUCAUCAGCCAUUUUGAGUGCGCAGAGAAGUGACGACUACCAACUAUAGACCACGAUAUGCGCUUCGCAGCCAUUAUGUACCGUACAAGCUGCGCAAAGGAACAGGUCAGAGUUACAAGACAGGUAAUUAGUCUUAAGGAAGCAGUGGAGAAGAUAUGCCACGACAGCAAUCUAGAGAGCCAACAAAGCCCUAAUCCAGGGCAUCAUACCCCCACGAAAUACUAUACAACUCCCAAAUGACCAUUCUCAUUCAUCUCAAGUCACUGCCCUACUCUUUCUCCUCACGCUCCAGCCUGUCUCCUCUUGAACAGCUUCAGACUUAGCGGCAGCGGUGCUCCCAUCCAAGUCGCCCUCUGCGUGUGAUCCCUCU